GAUCAUGCUACCUUGUACAUGUACGAGACCACUCGUGGAAGCGCUCGGCUCGAGUGCAGCUCGCCGUACUCUCUCCAUCGUCAGCUCGAGAGCAGCGCCACAGCAAGAUGCCUAUGUCAGAUCAGAUCGCAUGCAGAUGUCAGAGCUACCACCUCGCUCUCGGCCCUCGAAGAAGCCCAUAGGCUUCAAGGAAGCCACAGGCUAUGCAGACAGACAUCCAAUCCCUUCUGCAUCUCCGACUUAUACACAGGGCCGAAGGGGUUCAGUGCCAGGCAAGCGUCCCUCCUUGAAUCAUCAGCUGAUGGAGCGAUUCAAGUCGAAGCAAGAAUUCUGUGAUUGGCUCGCCGAUCCCGACCGGACGGUCAAACAUGGCAUGCGUGCAAUACGGCACUACCAUGCAAAGGAGCGCAAAUACGCCUUCAAUUACUUCUUGCGAGCUUUGUUCGCUGACAAGCGAUACACACAAGCCACCAAUGCCUGGAAGCUGUUCUGCAAGUACGGUUUCCAGCCUGAUCCGGACUCCUACCGUAUCUUCAUGGGAGCCCAGGCCGGCAAUCCGAAUGCUGCGAGGCCGUCUGGCAAGCCUAGCAAGACUGUCAACCAUGCCACCAAUGUGCUUGAGCAGUGGACGGGCUGGAUGAGACAUCACCCAGCAGAAGCGAGUCGGCUGACGCCCAGUGAACGUUCUCAACCCGGCAAUGCCUAUCUUGCCGCUCUCGGGGCAUGGGGCUACGUCGACCUUGCCUGGCGAAAUUAUCAAAGUGUCAAGGAGAAGGACAAAUUCACCGUUAUGGCUAUGAUGCGCGCCUUGGAGACGGCUAUGAAGACACACCAAGCAACGAUUGACGAACUCACAGAAGCGAGGAAACUCAGAGCUCUGAACAGCACCAAAGAAAGCGAUCUCCUCACCGCCAAGUUCGAGCUGGAAGAAAACCAGGAGCGAGCCAGAAAAGCGAAAGCGAGGCUCAGUACGAUACUCAUGGCAGAUCCUGAGAUCCAAGCGGUCUUUAUGCGACUUGGCUUGCUCAAGGCAGGCGAGCGUGAUACCUCGGAUGCAUUGGUCUCGAAUUUCCAGUCUCUGCUAAAGGCGGUGCCGAUCGGCAAAAGCAAGGGCGUAAUGCUGCUAGCGCCAGAAUCGGAACUCUUGACCAUGUCAUCUCAGCGAAUUCGAGCCGUUCUGGCGCUCAUGAACGAUCAAGAAGCCUUGGACGCUGCUGAGAAGCUAUCUCGAUGCGUCAAUGUGCCCGCCAUCACAGGCUCGCUCCUUUGGGAAGACAUCUUUGUCCGUCAGACGACCUACAAGGCGAAGAGUCGUCUAGCUCCUGAUGACAAGGCCAACCUUGCCGACGUCAAAGAAUGGAUCUGCCGAAGUAUAGCACUCGGGUGUCGCCACACAGAAUCGACAUGGUCUGCGCUCAUGAUGGCCGGACAAAAGGAGAGAGAUGGCUUCGCAUACGGCGUAGAAUUACUCGGUCUGCUCUCUUGGCUGCAAACUCGUCAGACUAGUCCAGAGCCAGACACGAGCUUUGCCAAGAGAAUUGGCUUACUAGAGAAAGAGGUACAGCAUGAGGAAGAACGAUCGAUGAGACAGAAGAGGCCAGUCGAGAGACACGCUUCAGGCGCACAAUCGACAUUGGGAAUCCAGCCCACUUUCAAGAUGAUGACGGCACUCUUCGAGAUAGCCCUCCAAGGCGAACCCGAUCAAGCUUGGCAUGCAUUCCAGCUUUCUGAUACAAGCUUCAUGCCAGCGAAAGAGCUCAGAAACAGUCUGAGCAGGUUGGGCAAGGAAUUGAAAGAAGUAAGCCAGCACGGCUUUACGGCAACAACGCGAAAAGUAAAGCACGAUUACUUCUGGGCACGCCGAUUCACCUCAAGGUCCGUCGAGCUACUGUCCAUCGUACUCAACUCGGACAAGAUUGCGUUCCUGGCCAAGACGAAUGGCUGGAACAGGGCAGAUCUCGAAGCUGUGAAGGUGUCUCUAGAGCGAUGGCAGUCUGCAGCUGACAAGUUCGAAAAGUGA